UAUAAACGUAUUUUAAAAUUUAUUGUUAAAUUAUAUGUAUCAUUAAUAUAGAAUGUUACCUGUCUUUACAAUAUUUAAACUUUAUUUGUAGCAUUCUUUAAAAUUUUUUAACAAUAUGUCCGAUUUGUUUGUAUUCUAAUAAAUGUUCAAUUAUAAAAAUAUUUUUUUAUAAUAUUAUAAUGCUGAAAAGCAAUAUAUUUAGUCCAUUCCAAUUUCAAUCAUUACUAAUUUUUUUAAUAAAACCGCAUUUCAUUUUAAUAAAUUUCAAUGAAAAGACAUUGAUCUCUUUCAUCCCAUCGUGAAUCUAACGUGCGCGUUAAUGUCGUUGGUGUCACGCUGAUGAGAACUGGAAUAGGAUCUUCUCUUUCAUUUAUAUCUUUAUCCGCUGUGAAAUCCGGAAUUUUCUGCAGAUAGAAACGAAACGCAGAUUGAAGGGAAAGUUACGAAUCCAAUGAGAUGGCCCUCGACCAUGUAAAAUCAAUACACGUUGGAAAGUCGAACUGUUAACGUAAGCAUGAAAAGAGCACGAGGAGUCGGAAUAGUUAUUCUUUUCACCAGUAACCCAGAUUACCGCGGGCUAGCCCGAAGUAAAUUUGAGCGGGAGGAAGUGCGAAGUUUACCAAGGCGCGCUGGAGUUAUGGACGAUCUAGGCGAGAAGUAUGGGGCGUCUUUGCCAAACCGUGGUAACUUGAGCUAGUUAGCGUCCGCAAAUUAAAAGAGACAGCAAAUUCUGCAAUUACAUUAAUGACAGCCUUGUGUUCCCCUCUCAAUACUCUCUUUAAUGGUCGCCAUUACGCUACAAAUUCUCUCUAAUCGCAUAUCCAUUCGAUUUGUCGCGAAUUAUCGAACUUCAAUUUAGAGUUACAUCGCAAAUCCAAGUGUGUGAAAAAAUUCUAAAUCCAAGUUGUGUUAAAAAUGUCACGUUCAAGUGUAAUUUAAUUUUCCACUUAAAAAUAACGGCGAAACAUGUCAAACACGUUUAAAUAUGUGAAUUUAUUUUUUAUAUACCGUGUUGUUUUCCAAUUGAAACAAAAACUAAAUCACACACGUGAACGAGACAUUUUUUACACCCCCGGUGCUUAGAGUGCGACUGUCAAUUAAGAUAAAAUUAUUAAUUUUUAACUUGGCUUAAGCGCCGCGGCAGUUAUAACUUCGUAAUAACUUCAAACCGACCGCUCCAGCGAAUUGCUUCCUUCAGUAACAUAGACAACCGAGAAGCAAAUUAAGUUUCCUCGUUGAUACUUUUUUUCCCACGUCUCCCUACGUCGAAGGACCGUCCGUUUACCGGAGUUAUCCAACGAACUGAAGUUGAAUCUAACAAUCUGAUUGGACGCUAUCGACCGUACGAGACAAAAUGUGCCCGGUCUCCGGCGACGCGUAUAAAAAUAUCUGAAGCGGGAUUUAAACCGGCGUAUGAUAACAUUUAAGUAAAUCGAGCGAAGUGAUCCGUGAGAUUUUAGAAAGACGCGAAAUCCACUUCGGCAUGAAGAAACUUGCGGCGGUAACAUAUCUUUGGGAUUUAACUCGUAUUUACCGUUGCCAGUCACGCUGUCAUCGCGAGAAUUGAGAUUGAUACUUUUCCCGUUCUGUAUCUCCUCUGCAUUCUUGAUUUGACAUCAGUGAGAUAUGUAUACGUUGUUAUGGCCGGUCUCGGCGAGAAUUGUGCCGCGAAAACUAUUUUAAGGAUUAAAAUAUUUUUUGACAGGUCCACGGCUCUCUGUAUACACGAGAUUUUCAUAUAUAUAUAUAUAUAUAUAGAGAGAGAGAGAGAGAGAGAGAGAGAGAGAGAGAGAGAGAGAGAGAGAGAGAGAGAGAGAGAGAGAGACAUUCGUUGCUAGACGUUGACUUUCUAAGAGAAAAGAAAGUCUCGUCGUUUCAGAUCUCUUCUCUUCUUUACCCUGCUUUCAUUUCACAGUGAAUUUCUGCAUUAAUAAAUCACGUACUACACACAACCAUUAAUAUUAUAUGCAUCGCGCAAUGUACGACCCGUGAACGUGACGAUACGUUUUUAAGUGUCGGCUACGAUAAAUUUUUUUUUUUUUUUUUUUUUUUUUAUUAAAACAGAACAAUUUGAUUUGUUUUGACGCAACGAUAUUGCGAUGGAAACUGUUGAAAUUGUGAAGUGAGAUUCUAUCAGCGUCGCUGCAAAAUUAAAUAAAACGUCGAUUGCCCUCACGUAAGUGAGAAACGCUUAUUAAAUCAUCGCACUACAAUGUGUAGCCAGUGAAGUAAGGGCAAGUUCAAAGCUUAUAAGUAGCAUGACUGGCUGAAAGUAUUCUCUCUCUAAGAAGCGAUCCAUCUUAGUUCCGCGCGACAAAUUUUUCGGGUCUGCGAGCGUGGCAUGUACAAAGACAGAUUUAAUACAUUUUCUUUUUUCCCCAUUUUCACCCGCCAAUCUUUUGACAAUUCGCUGCCACUCGGUAUUUCUCAUUUAUCGGGGCAUUUCGCGAAUUGAAAUUGAAUCUGAUGAUGAGAUUGAGCUUCAUCGACCGCACGAAGUAAAAUAUGUCCAGGGAAUGCGAAGAGGAGUGGGCUAAAAAUCGUGUCUAAAAAAUAUAUAUAAUUCGGUUAUUAAAUAAAUUCAAUAAAAAUUAAUGUUAAACAAGGCACUUAAAAAAUAAUUGUCUCUGUGCAAAAUUAUUGUAUAAGUAUCAUUUUAUUUAAUUUUAUUUAUUCCAGUUGAAUGUCUAACAAAAUAAAUAAAACGUAUAAAUUAUGUAUCUGUAUAUGUGCGUGUGGGAGGAAGGAGGGGAAGGAGAAAUACAUUAAUACAAGCACCAACUUUAACGUUGUUUGAAAAGCUGUCGUAUUUUGAAAAUUGUAAAUAAUUAGAACUGCUGACUCUGCAUACGUUCAUAUUACGCGAUGUUUAAUGAAAUAUCGAGGUCACAUCCGCGCAACGUUGAAUAUUUCACGGCGACUCGUAAAAAAAAAAAAAAAAAAAAAAAACAAUCUGUAACGUUCUACCGUCGGCGUACGAAAUUGACAAUUUCGUUUUUAUUAACUUAGCGCCGAACGAUCACUUAUUUCCAUUCUCGCGAGUAAACACGAUUUGAAGUUUCGGUCGUUUUCAGGACAUCGAUGUCCCCAAUGCUCGUUAGAGAAUGUGUUUUCCACGCGUUUCGGACGAUUGGUAGUCACGAGCGGGAGUUUUCCUUAAAGUUCGCAACAUAAAAUUGAAAAAUUCCUGUUGUGCCACUUAUAGGAUCAAGAUUAUUAUUAUUAUUAUUAUUAUUCAGAUUUAUUAUUCUCGCGAUAUUUCUCGGCUCGACUAAAAUCCCCGUGUUUUGUAAAAAAUCUUUCGAACUUUUAGUCCUCUUUUAUUGCUGCUUACAUUAAUUUAAUUUCUUCUUGACAUUUACAUUUAAACGUCAAUAUAAUCGAUAUUUCGAAAUAUAAAUAAAAUCGAAAUAAUCUAUACAUAGUGAAAUAUAAUCUGAUGCUAAAAGCAUUUCAAUGUUAUACGCGCCCGUGGUUGAUGCGUGUUACCUGUGUAAUAUACUUCGUGGCUAAUAUUUCCGUGGCAAACGUCAUAGUGCAAACGUUAUCCCUAUUUACAAUUAACGCGGGGGCAAAAGCCCAACACCUAGUAAUCCGUUGCGUUAUGUCCGGUCAUGAACAUGCAUGUGCGCGUGCUGGAUUACUGCUGCAUGCGCGUAAUGCGAAACCGCGCGCGGGGGGUGUCCACGCGCAGGAAUUUGCAUACGUAUCUCAGCCUGUAAAUUAAGAGCGAUGUAUGCCGGGAACUUUUGGGUAAAUUUCCCCACAUAAUUAUCUUAAGAGUCACCCGUGUAUUUAAAUAAAUCCGUGUCUGCGGGAAGAGUAUCCCUGUUAACCCCGCAAGCAAAUUUUUAAUUAGUUAAUUCGCUCACUUGAUUAACGUCAACGUUGCCUCCUCGUUAGAAGGGAAGAACAAUUGCGGGAAUGCGGAAAAGCCAAGCGACUCCAUUACAUGUGUACGGGGUUCAUAUUUCCAAGUGUAAACUGUCGCGAGACAAACUUUACUGAAUACUUCAGUUACAAAGCAAUCAGACUCCGCACGGGACAUUUCGCUAAUUUCUUCACGCAAUACCUAUGAUACACGUUGUUGUAUCUGUGGAAUUUAUGUGUACUUCCUGCAUGUAAACGAUGUAAAUUUGUACACGUAAACAUUCAUGCGAUGUAGGAAAUAGAAUUCGUGAACUCGUACAACGGCGGGUGUAACUAAAGUUAAAGGUAUUCAAGAGACAUUCAGAGAGAGGAUUCGAGAAGAAAGAAAAGCAAGGGACCUACGAGAAAGAGAAAAAGAAAAAUAACAGGAGAAGACGAAAUAAAAAGACAACGGGAAGGAAACGUAUGAAAGAAAUAUAAAGUUCAUCAUCUGCUGUUUGCGAGCCGUAAAGUACAUUACAUUUUUACGUUUAACCUUUUUUAUCAAGUAGAUUUUGCUGCAAUUAUUACUUUUUUUGCAAGCAAACUUUUUUAAUGGAAAUUAUUAUUUAAUAUAUAAAGAAAAUGUGAAAUGAGAAAAAGAGAAAGAGAGAGAGAGAGAGAGAGAGAGAGAGAGAGAGAGAGAGAAAGAGAGAGAGCUAAAGCACAAGAUAAUUAGAAUCAAUCUAAUUAUCUCGUUAUCUGAGAUGAAAAGUAAGUUAAAGAAAAUUGUGCAAAAGGAAGCAAAAAAGAGAACGAGAUGCUUUCUUAAGCGUUUCCGUGAGAGAUUUCGUAAACGUUCAUUUUUCCAAUUGUAUACAUAUUUAUUUAACGCCGAGACAAUAUUCUUCCGUGCGAAUUAUUUUAUCAGCGAGUUGGAAGACAGCAGCCGUUUAGAGACAGACGAUUUCGCUGUGGCAAUAAGAAGGAUAAAAAAUUGCCUAACAGUCCCCGGGAUUAUUGUAUUACCGAUUUAAUUUAAGAGGGUUUUUCCUUCGGGAGGGAGGAUUCGGUGCGAGAAGUGCGAGUAAAAUUAUUUCCCGGGUAGUAUGAAAAAUGCUUUGCGAAGUCAGGUUGAAAAAGGCUCUCUGGAAAAAAAAAGGGAAUGGCAUUGUUGCCUUCCGUGAAAGCGCGUGGCAAUUAACUUUCUGCUCGAAGUUAAUUAAGAGAAAUAAUAAGUAAAAGAUUAAACAAUGUACAAUAUAUUUUGCAUAGAUAAAUAUUCUGCAAUUAUUGAUUGCGUUGUAAUGUCUCGCGAACAAUUAAUUGGAAAGGCGAAAGAUAAACGUGAGGUUCUCGGGAACUUUUUGGAAAAGCCGCUGAUUCACACAGCGGAAAGAGAUAAAGGAGCGGAGUAAUUGCCGAUAAUAAUCGGACAUAUUUUAAAGAUAUUCGGUCUAUUCCGUCAAGACGCGUCUGCUUUCUCUUUUUCUUCAAUAUUAUUUCUUCGUUUUGUGCCUUUAUCCUUUAUAAAUGGACAUGUUAUCAACCGAGUGGUGCACGAAAGAACAUCAUUUUUAGAGUGGCAUUGAAAGUCUACUUAAAACUUUCUACCUGUAAGACCGAUAACUCUUUUUAUUGAAUCUUUUUACGAAUCGAAGGUAUCCGUCGAUAUCCUCCCUCAAUACAGCUUUUAUAUUUCAUGUCAUUUAUUUUUAGAUUACUUCAUUCUUUUGCUGCUAGAUCGCAAAUGGGCUAGAAACAUUUUUCUGCGAGAGAAGAUAUUUUCUGCAGUGCGUGAGAGAGGGAGAGAGAGAGAGAGAGAGACAUGCGUUUUAUGCUUCGUAACGAAAUUCUGUUAAAAUAGUUUCAGCGAGAAACGCCCGCGGAAAACGGAAAAUACUCGCAAAAUAACUUCUGGUUAAAUUUUUGCUUUCUGUUAACAUAAGCUUGUAUACGCAAACGGCAUACUAUCGCGGAUCGCGGUACGAGGCGGGGGGGAAAAAAAAAUAGAAAGAAAAAAAGAUAAAAUGCUGCAUAAGCUUACGCGAUCAUAAGCUUCGUACGAUUAUCAAAGCAAUUUUAUUAACUCUCUCAGACUGUCAUCAUUUGCUAAUGAACGGGGGUCGAGUAUCCAAUGCGAUUUUCUCGAGAGGUCGAGAGGGAGCGGGAGGGAGCGAGACACGCAAUUGGAUCGGAUCGAAGUCGGCCAAUUUUCGGCCUUCGUCUGUCAUGGCCGCGCGUCUCGGCGCUAUCGGGACUCGCAUCUGCGAAGAGAACGGGCACGAGAGCUGCUGGCAGCUCAGCGGGAGCGGCGAAGCGGAAGAGGCGGUAGGAAGCUCGGGGCCGCGCGCGUCGACCUACUCGGCGCGGCACCGGGCGCACGUGGACUACGGUAUCACUGCCGGCGUCGGCAGGCUCCUCAAGCAGUCCAGGCGAAAGCAGUCCGCGAGAAUUAGGAAAUGCAUGUGUCUGCCGUCCAAUUACGCCCUCGCGGAAUUUCCCUUGGUCUGGUCCGAGCUCAGGGCUAACCAGCAGCUGUGUGACGGCGUCAUAAGAUGCCUGGAGGAUCAAGUCUUCCCGGUCCACCGCGCUAUAUUAUCUGCGGUGAGCCCCUAUUUCAAGGCCCUUUUCACCAACAGCCUGAAAGGCGGCAAAACCGAGACCACGGAAGUCGUUAUUUCCGUCCCCGGUGAAAUUUUCAGCUUGAUCCUCGACUACGCCUACACGGGCGCCUGCAACGUAAACGCCGAUAAUGUCGAACAAUUACUGCCGUUAGCCGAUCAAUUCGAGGUACUUGGAAUCGUCCAGCUCUGUUGUCAGUUUUUGUUGCAGGAGCUACGACCAGAAAAUUGUUUAGGUAUUUUCAAAUUUGCACGACACUAUUUCUGUCGCGAUCUUGAGAAACAGGGCCGGAAGUACAUACGUCACCACUUCAAUCGGAUACUGCGGCAGAGCCCGGAGUUCAAGGAUCUUCUUUGCGACGAGCUGGAAGCAAUAUUGCGCGACGACGAGCUCAAUGUUAAAAACGAGGAGAUCGUGUUUGACGCCGUCAAGACGUGGGUCGAAGCCAGAGCCGAGGAGAGACGGGUUUAUUUACCGAGGUUGCUGGAAUGUAUACGAUAUGGUCUCAUGAGUCAUAAGUAUUUCAUUAAUAACAUCGUCAACUGGAAGCUCGUCGAGAAAGAUGAAGCGUGUCAACAAAUAUUGCUUCCUAUGAACGCCUAUCUGACCGAGCAAGAGUUGAAACAAAACGGAGAGAUCGAUCUGAAAAAUCCUAUUGCGAGACCUAGAGUCCCAUAUGAAAUUCUCUUUGCAAUUGGUGGAUGGAGUGCCGGCUCGCCCACCAGUUUUGUGGAGACUUACGACACAAGAGCUGACAGAUGGUUUCUAUCAGUGAACACGGAUGUAACGCCGAGGGCUUAUCAUGGACUAUGUGUCCUGAACAAUCUAAUCUACAUGAUCGGCGGAUUUGAUGGCAACGAGCAUUUCAACACGGUGCGAUGUUUCGAUCCAACGACGAAAACGUGGCGGGAACGAGCCUGCAUGUAUCAUGCUAGAUGUUACGUCAGCGUUUGCACACAUGGCGGCAAGAUUUAUGCCCUCGGCGGAUACAAUGGUCGCACGAGAAUGAGUUCUGGCGAACGGUACGAGCCGCAGAGGAAUCAAUGGGAGAUGAUACCGUCCAUGCAUCGGCAACGAUCGGACGCGAGUGCGGCUGCACUGCACGACAAGAUCUACAUCGUCGGCGGUUUCAACGGCCAGGAGGUCCUCGACUCGGCGGAGGUCUUCGACGUGGAGACCAAUCAGUGGACCAACAUCAAUUCGAUGAUCAGCCCGCGAUCCGGCGUCUCCUUGGUCGCCUUCCGCGACAGUCUCUACGCCCUCGGCGGAUUCAGCGGUGUCGCGAGACUGAGUUCCGGGGAACGUUACACACCCAAUCACUCGGACCAGUGGCACGAAAUCUCCAAGAUGUUUAAUCCGCGCAGCAAUUUCGCCACGGUGAUCCUCGACGACAUGAUUUUCGUUGUCGGCGGCUACAAUGGCUCCAGCACGAUCGCGCACGUCGAGUGCUACGACGCGGAUUACAACGAAUGGUACGACGCAUCCCCCAUGAAUCUCAGUCGCAGCGCGCUCAGUGCCUGUGUGAUAGCGGGUUUAGCGAACGCGCGGGAGUACUCGUAUUUAGGCAAAGCACGGGAUCUCGGCCAAGGCCAGGCGACAUCGAAAAGCCGGGAAAAGUCCGAUCAACCUACCGACGGGUCCGCCGGAACUGACGUCAUAAUCUCAGCGCAGGAGGAGGCGGAGGAGGAGGAGGAGGAGGAGCCGAUGGACGUGAGCGAGUCGCUGCACGUUGUUGGUUCCGCUGAUGGUAUGGCCGAUGGUAUUGGAAAUUUCUAUGAGGAGGAGAACAGUAACGACGAGAAGGAGAUGCAGGGCGACCCGUUGUACAUCGUGCACGAGCUAGAUUAAAAUUUAUUAAAAAUUGAAGCGUCAGUUGGCACGAUGUCGUAUCUCGCAAGUUUGUUAAAUGUCGUGGGAAAUAGUAUCCUGUACAUUUAAUCAAGUAAACAACCUUUGCUGACUAACCUAGCAAGAUUUGUAAGCAAUUAAUAUCGUUGUUAUUGUGCGAGAUAACGUAUUAAAAAAAGAUAUAUCUUUAAAAAGUCACAUAAAAUUGUAUCCAUAUUUUUAUUAAAGACCAUUAAGAGUCACUUACUCGAUGAAAUGUGCAGGAUAUUAUUUCCUUGACAUUUACAACUUUGAAAUAUGCAGCAUUGUCUCAGCCGAUUCUUUAAUUGUCGAAAAUUGCGUGGAAAAAACUGCAACAGAGCAAUAUAUUUCGGGAGGAACAAACUCUUACUGUUCGUCGGACGGAAAAAAAGCGGGCGUUUUAAUUGUUACGUCGUUUGAGAAUUAGCCUAAACGAGCUUCUUAAAAUUGUACAACGAAAUUUAAUUUGCCGCAGAAGAGGCUGGUAAACAGGGGGCUAGCGAGAGGACGAAAAAAAAAAGUGAGAGGCUUGAAGUUGAAUUGCGUUACGCAUUAGCAAGUUUUUGUACGUCGUUUACGCGUUUCUCGCAGAUUAGCCGUAACACGGGGAUUUUAAUCGACACAAAUUAACGUAUGCGCCUCGCGUGAGAGGCGACGAUUUCCAUGCGCGUCCCCAAUUUUAAUGAUUAUUUUGUAGGCGAUAUUAUUUUUUCGCAUUGUUUUUUUUUUUUUAUAAAUCUACCUUUGAUUCGUAGGCACGAGCGCAACAAACGAGAAUUGUACAUGCGAUUAAAUACAACGCGAUAUAUAACGCACGCAGAAAGUAAGCGCACUUUUAAUCUUUGUAAAUUGGUGGAAUUUUAUUCGAUGCGACGUUCCACUGCGAACGAGUAUUUACACUUUCUCGAGCAGUGAGAAAUGUCACGGACCGUGACAUUUCGCGGUGCAAUGUUGUUAUUUUUUAUGAAUAUGUUUCCUUGUCUUGUAUUGUAUAUCUCGAUAUGUCGCGAUUUUCUGUUCGAGAUUCGCAUGUACCGUGUACUGUUUAUUUUAGGCCAAUUAAAUUAGACGCUUUAAGUCAAAUGUUAUCUCUUUAUUGUAUCCUCUGGUGGCCUCAUAAUCGUAAAUCCUGUGAAACGUUCCGCGAAUUAACUCGAAAUUCACUCGAACUCUUGACUGAGAAUAUCGACGAUCGUCAUUUAUCGGGUGAGGUAAAUCCACUCAAAGUUAGUGAAUAAUAAUGAUAUAUAAUGGUUCGUGAUUUUUUAUUAAUCUAUCUCUCACUUUAUAUAUUUUCACGUAGAUUUAUUCAGUUUUGUAUACUCAUAUGUUAUGUAUAGUGUAUACAUCGUUAUUUCUUCAUUGGUGUUUCUCUUUUAAAGACGAUUAUGUCUUUUAAAUUUGCGAUUUUUAUUUCCUUUUUCUCUUGCGCUCUCUUUCUUUCUCACACAUUCUCUCGCUCUCUCUCUCUCUCUCUCUCUCUCUCUUUUUUCUCUCUUACACUUUUUCUCUCUCGCAAAUGAUUCGAUUGAGGAUUACACGGUGACGCUCUUUUUGUCGGACCUAGCUGUACGACACGCUUAAUAAUCGUGACACGAGCAGAAUACAAUAGCGAGUUCUCUUUUUUGAGUGUCGAUGAAUGCUUCGAUGCACGCUUUAAAGUGGAAAAGAAUCGUUGUCGGACUGGCAAUUUCUGCUUUGGCACUACCUUGGCACUUGACUUUCAAAAAUUACUUUGAAAUCUUGCAAUUCUAAAAUUCAUAGCUUUUUGAUUUUUUUUAUUUUAUUAAAAAAGGAAAUAAGUAUAAGAAUAGAAACUUGAGAAAUAUUUUAUUUUUUCAAACUAUAAAAAAAUAUAAAUAUGGAAAUUAUGCAACACAUAUCUAUGUAAUUCAUAUUUGUAUUGUCAGAUAUUAAAGUUCAAAGUGUGUUUUAUACUUUAAAUUUUAUAUGCAUAAUAAAUUAAAAUUGGAUAAAUUAAAAUUAGAGAUGCAUCGCAUAAUAAUUUUAAAGAGAACGUAAUAGGUGUCUUAUACGUCGAUUUUCUGCUUCGUAUUAAUUUACACUUCUAUGUAUUGUUAAUUCUUAUCUAUACAAGAUAAUUUUUCAUGAAUUUUCAAAGAGCAUUUAACUAGUCCGAUAAGAGCAGAAGUGCCCGAUGUUUAAGAUUUAAUUCGUCAAUUGUUCGUUAUAAUUUAUUAAAGAAAUCUCGCUGCGUAUUCAACCCUACAGCUAGGAUGGCGCCACGGGAUGGAAGAAAGGACAUACGAAUGAACAUACGAAUCGUAAAUUACGCAAGGACAUACCCACCAAAGAUGCAACAACGAUUUUAUGUCCUUAAAGUAGUUUUUCGGUCCGAAGAAAAUCUUUCUAAAACGUGUCGAGAAACGGAACGGCGGAAAUUGCUCGAUAGAUCGCGAUCCCGAUCGAUCGAUUGAUCCGAUUGCGUUCCCAUCGUUCCCGUUCGAUAAAUCUCUAGAAAAUUGUUGCCUUAGGCGGUAAGUUAAAAACUUAAGCUUUACAUGACGAGAGUACAAAGUCGUAAUUAUCGCGGCUAGGGUAUGUUGAAGUCGAUCACAAUGUAAAACGACGAUACAAUUGAGCAAAUAAGAGAAGAAUAAUGAAACUUCUUUUUGAUCCUUGUUCCUCGUAAGGGAGCAAAUCGAAAACCUUUUCGGUUCUCCGAACCUCCGUUUCCCCCAUUUUCCGUCGUUCGUAAUCUCCUUUUUCGCGGACGAUUUGUAACGUGUUAUUGAUAACAGACAAAGAGAGGAGGAUGGCUUGUCUUUCUCGCAAUCGAUACAUGACGCGCGUAAACGUCAUUGGCGAGAUUUAUUCGCAGUUGAGGGAACAACAGAUACGCGACAAUUUACCUGAUAAACGUGUCGCUGCGGAGUAAAAGUUUGAUUAAAGAGACAAAGUCAGAAUAUGAAUUUUUUAUCCACAUGCGUUGAUGGCGCACGAACGCCAUAAAUCUCUGGCAAAAACCGGCAAAUAUAGACGAACAUAACUCCCAAUUCUGAAUUGUGAUUAAUAUUGCACGGUAAUUUAAUUUUAUUUUGAGAUUUUCUAUGUCAAAUAAAUUUUACGGGAUAAAUUAUGGGGAAGUGUUUUGAUAUGCGUUUUAAGUGAUUCAAGAUCGAUCUCUCAGAGACGAAUGUAACAUAUGGAAAAAGAAAUCUGAAAAUUAUCAUACACUCAAAAGAAAUAUUCAAAACUUGCAAGAGGAUCCUUAUAGAUCGUUAUUAAUAAAAUAAUACGUAAUGUUACGACAUACCGCAAGUAAUUUAUAUUGGCAAGUAUAAUUUUACAUCACACUAAAAAAGAAUUCUAAUCAUGUUACAUUGAGGUACUAAUAUAGAAUCUCAAAAAACUUGUUUUCUGAAGCUAUUUGUGUUUUCAAGGUAGUAUAGAGUAAUAUAGAUAAUAAGAAUAAUAUUUUAUUCUGAGACUUUAAUAAUUUUAAAGAAAUAAGAAGACAGAGUAUAGUCAAUUUGCAAAAUCUAUGCUCUAUCUCGAUAUAUUAAAAGAUUAUUGAACGUUCAGGAAAAUAAUUUAUUUUGGCUUUUGUCAUUAGACAGAGAGAAUUGGGUGUGAUUUUCGUACACAUAUUCCAUAGACUUUCUUUUAGUCUGAUGCAAAGUUGCACUUGUUCAUAUAACUUUCCAUCUCAUGAUUACCAGGCUAGAACGGUCGCAACAACAUAUACGAUUGUAGUAUACAUGUCAAUGAUGACUAUAGGUAAUCGUUUCAUUAUGAUACAUGUAAAACGUACAUACGUAUUUUCUUACGCAUGUAAAUGGCUUACACUGGAUGAUACGAGUGACACGGAUUUACAUGCGAUACGAUAUUACUCGCAUAUUGAGAGCCGAUGGAUGAUCCACAUGAUCCGUUUUUGACACAUAAGUUACGACAGAAUUGCUGUAAAAAGUAUUAUUUUCUACGCGCGUGUUGCGCUCGGAACUCUGUGUGUGUGUGUGUGUGUGUGUGU